AUGGAUGACGAUGGUCAAGCUGUCUUGGUGCUUCGCAACCUCAUAUUUGACAUUUGUAACCAGAACAAUGGAGGACAUGGUGGGUCAGCCAUUGGCAUGGCCGCUAUUGGAGUUGCACUAUGGAAGCACACAAUGCGCUACAAUCCAUCGAAUCCAGGAUGGUUCAACAGAGACCGUUUUGUAUUGUCCAAUGGUCAUGCCGCCAUGUUCCUAUAUGCUUUGAACUAUCUCGUCGGCUAUGACAACUGGACAAUGGAGGAGCUCAAGGGCUAUGGAAGUGCUAAAGUGGAUGGUUACACAACUAUCUCCCAUGCUCAUCCUGAAAUUGAAGUCCCAGGAGUCGAAGUCACUACAGGACCCUUGGGUCAAGGAAUCGCCAACGCGGUCGGUCUCGCUAUUGCAAGCAAGAACCUGUCUGCGCGCUUCAACCAGCCUGGUUUUGAUGUUGCCACGUCUCGCAUAUACUGCAUGACUGGUGAUGGGUGCUUGAUGGAAGGAGUGGCACUAGAAGCCAUGUCAAUUGCCGGAAACCUUCAGCUGGACAACCUGGUCGUCAUCUAUGACAACAACCAAGUGACUUGUGAUGGGCCUCUCGAUUGGAUCAAUGUUGAGGACAUCAACUCCAAGAUGCGCGCAAGUGGCUGGCAUGUUCUUGAGAUCGACGAUGGUUCAUACGACGUCAAGAAGAUUGUAUCAGCGUUGGGCUAUGCUAACACGCUUGUCAAAAAGCCUGUCUUCAUCAAUGUCCGUACAGUCAUUGGUCUUGGUACUGCCAGUGCCGGAACAUUCAAAGCCCAUCACGGUGCUUUUGAUGCCGAGAGUGUGGCCGAAUCGAAACGUUUAGCUGGACAGGAUCCCUCUACAACGCAUCAAAUACCUUCUUCCGCCCUUAAGUACUUCCGAGAGAGGAAACAACAUGGCCAGAAGAUACAAAGCGACUGGGAAAGCCUACUCGAGGAAUAUCGCUCAGCUCACCCCGACCUAGCUGAGGAGUUUCGAAAGAGACGAGCUGGUGAGAAUGGGGACGAGUGGCGAAAGAGCCUUGAGACAAUAGACUCCAAGCAGUUCAGUAAGCAUGCCACUCGCGAGAUCAAUGGCACUCUCAUGGAAACUUUGUGGAAGGCCCAUCCCGCUCUGACCGGAGGUGGUGCUGACUUGGUCAACUCCAACAAGGUCGCCUAUGACCCUACAGAGGUGUUCCAUCCAUCUGUGGGGCAUACUGGACGAUACAUUCGUUACGGAAUUCGCGAACAUGCCAUGGCAUCUAUCUCGAAUGGCAUCGCAGCUUAUAACCCCGGGACCUUUCUUCCAUUCACGGCCACAUUCUUCAUGUUCUACAUCUACGCUGCCCCAGGUGUUCGAAUGGGUGCCCUGAGCCAUCUGCCUGUGGUCCAUAUCGCAACACAUGACUCAUUUGCUGAAGGCCAAAAUGGCCCAACUCAUCAACCCGUCGAACUGGACUCUUUGUAUCGUGCUAUGCCGAACUUGACUUACAUCCGACCUUGUGAUGCAGAGGAAGUCAUUGGUGCUUGGAUGCUUGCCAUCUCAAAGACCACAGGCCCAUCCAUGCUUUCACUUGGUCGAGAUCCAGUUGGACCAGUUCCAAACACGGAUCGUUACAAGGUCGCUAAAGGCGCAUACAUUGUCAAGGACGUUAAGAGGCCUGAUGUAAUCUUGGCCAGCUGCGGUACCAACUUACACCAUGCUGUCGCGGCUUCUGAACGUCUGCACGCCUCGGGAGUCUCAGCCAGAGUAGUAAGUGCCCCCAGCUUUGACCAUUUCGACGCACAGGAUCAAUCGUAUCGAGAGACUGUAUUCCCGUUGGAUGGAACCCCCAUCGUGAGCGUCGAGGAGUACGUCGCAACAACUUGGGCACGUUAUGUAACAUCAAGCGUUGGUAUGACGAGCUACGGGUACUCAGCUUCUAACGCCAGCAACUACAAUCGGUUCGGUCUUGAUGCGGAAGGAAUAGAGACUAGAGUUCAUGCAUAUCUCAAGGAUCUGGGUGGAAAGGAUGCCAGGAAGGCUGGAUGGCGUGCAAUCUAG